AUGCCGCAAUCAGUCAAUACCGAAGUGCAAAUACAAAAAUUUACAGGACAUCUUGAAAAUUUAAAUCCACAACAAACAGAAAUAUUAGAACAGUUUCGGCAAGAACUUAAAGAUGAAGGUGUGUUUGAUGAGAAGCGACAUGAUGAUGCUUAUUUACUCAGGUUUUUAAGAGCAAGAAAAUUCGAUUUGAUUAAAACCAAAAAAAUGUUUAUCGACUGUGAGAACUGGAGAAAAGAAUUUGGUGUUGAUGAGUUGGUCAGGACAUUUGAUUAUAAGGAACGUGAAGAAGUGAUGAAACAUUAUCCAAGAUAUUAUCACAAAACUGAUAACGAUGGUCGUCCUAUUUAUAUUGAAGAAAUUGGUAGAGUUGAUAUCAAAUCUUUAUAUCAAGUUACCACAAUUGAACGACAGAUUCAAAAUUUGGUGGUCGAGUAUGAGAGACUUGCUGAUAUUAGACUACCAGCUUGUUCAUUUAAACAUGGUAAACUUAUUGAGACAACAUGUACAAUUUUGGAUCUUAAAGGUGUUUCUAUUCGAUCAUUCUCUAAUGUUUUCGGAUUUGUGAAACAAGCAUCUAACAUUGGUCAAAAUUAUUAUCCUGAACGUAUGGGUAAAUUUUAUAUUAUUAAUGCUCCAAUGCUCUUCUCUUCUGUUUGGAGUUUAGUAAAACCAUUGCUUGAUGAGGUUACAACUGCCAAGAUUAUAAUUUUAAAUAGCAAGUAUCAACAAACUUUAUUGGAAAACAUUCCAGCUGAAAAUUUACCAGUUGCUUUUGGUGGAAAAUGUAAUUGUAAAAAUGGUUGCAAAUUUACUGAUGAUGGUCCUUGGCAAGAAGAAAGUCAACAACUUCUUACUAAUGGGUCUGAUGAAACAACAUUCCAAUCUAAUGAUGAUGAAAAAUCAGGUUGGAGACCAAGGAAUGAACAACCACUGAGAAAGAAAGGUCAAGGGAGAACAAUGCAUGUAAGUGACUUUUUAACUGAAACAAUUGGUAGACUUAAAUUAUCAGAUGAACGAAAAUUAGAGGUUGAAAAGAACUUUUCUCAUGAUGCUCAAGUCAUCAUAUGUCCUGAAAGAAUGCAUAUGGCUGACGAUACUGGUAAACCUGGCAGUCAGUUAAGUGGAAAAGGCAAUGCAACUUUUUAUGAUCCGAAUGUUGCAAUUAGUGCAUGUGGACAGCAACAUUACGAUAACGAAUUAAUUGGAGCAAUGAAUAAAGAACAAUAUGGUAAAUUUGCUAAUUCUGAUGAAUCACCAGUUUGA